AUGAUCGCUUCGAACUUUCUGCCGUCGCGAUUUCGCGGGGAACAGCCGCGCUCGCAAAAUGCCGCUCCCUCAUGGCUGAACAAAAAGAUCACGCCGCUCCUGCAGGUGCUCUCGCGGCUCACGUCGACGCACCCGAUCCAGACCAUUGUCGUUGUCGCACUGUUGGCGAGCUCCUCCUACAUCGGCCUCCUCGAGGAGAGCUUGUUCGACGCUACCACCAAUGUAAGAAAGGCGGAGUGGUCCUCUCUUGUCGAGGGUAGCCGCUUGCUCCGUGCCGGCGAGGAUACCGCUUGGACGUGGCAGCCUUGUGAUACCGACGCGCCGAUCCCCCCUAACGCCGACCACUUGGCUCUCCUGACGCUGGUGUUUCCCGAAUCUCUGUCUACCGACCCGUCGAAGGCCGCCCCCAUGGCCAGUGCGGUGCCCAUGCCCCAAAACCUCUCGAUCCGCGCGCUGCCGUCGACCUCGAACUCGUUCACGACCUACUCGCAGGAUAGCGCUCUAGUCUUCUCGGUCCCCUACGACCAGGCACCCGAGUUCCUCUCACUCGCACAGGAGAUCCCGAAUGACAUUCCCUCACAGGAGAUAAGGGAGACGGAACAUGGACGGGAGAAGAAGAUGUGGAUCAUGAAGGCUGCGCGGGCCCAAACCAGGAGCAGCCUUGCGAGGUGGGCGCGGAACGCUUGGGUCGAGUUCCUCGACCUCCUCAAGGCCGCCGAGACGCUCGACAUCAUCAUCAUGGCUCUCGGCUACAUCUCGAUGCACCUGACCUUUGUCUCGCUGUUCGUCUCGAUGCGCGGCAUGGGCUCCAAUUUCUGGCUCGCCACCAGCGUGCUGUUCUCGUCCACCUUCGCCUUCCUGUUCGGCCUCUUUGUCACCACCAAGCUCGGCGUUCCCAUCUCCAUGGUCUUGCUUUCAGAGGGCCUGCCCUUCCUGGUCGUGACCAUCGGCUUCGAGAAGAACAUUGUCCUCACCCGAGCGGUUCUUUCCCAUGCGAUCGAGCACCGCAGGCCCGAGAAGGGAUCUGGCAAGGGGUCCAAGAAGGCCGACGUGCCCGGCAGCAUCAUCCAGUCGGCUAUCUACGUCGCCAUCAAGGAGAAAGGCUUCGGCAUUGUUAAGGACUAUGCCAUCGAGAUUGGCGUCUUGAUCCUGGGCGCCGCAUCUGGCGUCCAAGGCGGCCUCCAGCAGUUCUGCUUCCUGGCCGCCUGGAUUCUGUUCUUCGACUGCAUCUUGCUCUUUUCGUUCUACACGGCCAUCCUCUGCAUCAAGCUCGAGAUCAACCGGAUCAAGCGCCACGUGGAGAUGCGCAAAGCUCUUGAGGAUGACGGUGUCAGCCGCCGCGUGGCCGAGAACGUCGCGCAGAGCAACGAAUGGCCCGGGGUGGACGGCGCGGAUCAGCCAGGAACGACCAUCUUUGGCCGCCAGUUCAAGAGUACGCAUAUUCCCAAGUUUAAGGUGAUCAUGGUGUCGGGCUUCUUCCUUGUCAACGCUCUCAAUCUCUGUGCCAUCCCCUUCCGGAGCGCCAACUCCAUCUCUCACAUUUCAUCCUGGGCGCGCGGUCUGGGCGGUGUUGUCACCCCCCCACCGGUGGAUCCGUUCAAGGUUGCGUCCAACGGCCUGGACGUGGUGCUCGAGGCAGCCAGGUCGGAAGGGCGGGAGACCAUCGUCACGGUGCUCAACCCAAUCCGCUACGAGCUCGAAUUCCCUUCGGUGCACUACGACCUCCCGCAGAAUGCCGACAAGGCAGACGAGGAGGGCUUCGCCGAUCUUGCCGGCUACGGCGUCGGCGGCCGGAUGGUCGGCAGCAUCCUCAAGAGUCUCGAGGACCCUAUUCUGUCCAAGUGGAUCGUGGUCGCCCUGGCGCUGAGCGUGGCGCUCAACGGCUACCUCUUCAACGCGGCGAGAUGGGGCAUCAAGGACCCCAACGUCCCCGACCACCCCAUUGACCCCAAGGAGCUCGCCGCGGCCCAGAGGUUCAACGACACCGAGUCUGCCACGCUCCCGGUUGGGGGAUACACACGCCCACCGCCGUCUCCGCCGUCCGUCCCGCCAACGCCCGCCCUGACGGACGAUGAGUCCGAACCGGCGCAAAGCGCUGCUCUGCCGGGGCAGGCAGUGCCGGAACAACCGGUGACUAUCCGUAGCCAGGAGGAGAUGGAAAAAAUGCUCCAGGAAAAGCGCGCACACGAACUCAACGACGAAGAAGUCAUUGCGCUGUCGAUGCGCGGCAAGAUCCCCGGGUAUGCACUGGAAAAGACACUCAAAGACUGUACGCGCGCCGUCAAAAUCCGCCGGACUAUCAUUUCGCGAACCAAGGCGACCGCGGAUUUGACGGGCUUCCUGGAGCGAUCGAAGCUUCCCUACCAGAACUACAACUGGGCCCAGGUCCUCGGGGCGUGCUGUGAGAACGUCAUUGGAUACAUGCCCCUGCCUGUCGGCGUUGCGGGCCCACUGGUUAUCGACGGGCAGAGCUACUUCAUCCCCAUGGCCACGACGGAAGGCGUCUUGGUAGCAAGCACGAGCAGAGGGUGCAAGGCCAUCAACUCGGGCGGCGGUGCGGUCACGGUUCUGACGGCCGACGGCAUGACGCGCGGGCCCUGCGUGUCAUUCGAGACUCUCGAGAGGGCCGGCGCGGCCAAGCUUUGGCUCGACUCGGAGAAGGGCCAGUCGGUGAUGAAGAAGGCGUUCAACUCGACCAGCCGCUUCGCCCGCCUCGAGACGAUGAAGACGGUGCUCGCGGGCACCAACCUCUACAUCCGGUUCAAGACGACGACGGGCGACGCCAUGGGCAUGAACAUGAUCUCCAAGGGCGUCGAGCACGCGCUGAGUGUCAUGAUGAGCGAGGGCUUCGAAGACAUGAACAUCGUGUCGGUCAGCGGCAACUACUGCACGGACAAGAAGCCCGCGGCGAUCAACUGGAUCGACGGGCGCGGCAAGAGCGUGGUGGCCGAGGCCAUCAUCCCCGCCGAGGUGGUCAAGAGCGUGCUCAAGACGGACGUCGACACCAUGGUGGAGCUCAACGUGAACAAGAACCUGAUCGGCUCGGCCAUGGCGGCCUCGGUCGGCGGCUUCAACGCGCACGCCGCGAACAUUGUCGCCGCCGUCUUCCUCGCGACGGGGCAGGAUCCUGCACAGGUGGUAGAAAGCGCCAACUGCAUUACCAUCAUGAAGAAUCUCCACGGAUCGCUGCAGAUCUCGGUCUCGAUGCCCUCGCUCGAGGUCGGCACCCUCGGCGGCGGCACCAUCCUGGAGCCGCAGGCGGCCAUGCUCGACAUGCUCGGCGUCCGCGGCCCGCACCCGACGAGCCCCGGCGAGAAUGCCCGGCGGCUGGCCCGUAUCAUCGCGGCUGCCGUCCUGGCUGGCGAGCUGUCGCUCUGCUCUGCCCUGGCCGCCGGACACCUGGUCCGCGCGCACAUGCAGCACAAUCGCUCUGCUCCGCCGACCCGGAGCACCACGCCGGCGCCGAUGACCUUGGUCGGCGGCGUGGACAGGGCGGCGGGGUCGACGACGGCGUUGAGCGCUGCGGCCAUUGAGCGCCGUCGCCAUUGAGACGGCUGCUUGGGACCCGGCCCGUUUGGCUAUGACUGUGUGGAAUUGUGGGGGAGGGGGGUAAUGUAGAUACGUGUUCGUGCUUGCAAGUGCAUCGCUGCAGUGGAGCGGAGAGAGCAGCGAAGGCAGUUGUAUAAUGCCGGCAAAGAGGGGGGUGAUAGAGUAAUGGCUUCUUUCUGUUGGAGUGCUUUGGAUCCUGGGCCGUCUAUCUAGACAUUCCAUCUAAUCCUGAUAGAAGAAGCCUUCCUUACCUUAAGGCC